AUGCUGCUUCCGCGCGUGCCGCCGAGCGCGUUUUUCGACUCUCACCGUCGCCGCGUCCCGAAGCGACGCGCGACGUCCGCGGACGACGCGCCGACGAGCGACGCGUCGUCCACGGCGCGGCGAGCGAAGAACGAUGAUCUCGUCGCGAAGCUGAGACUCGGAGAUUCCGUGGACGCGGGACGCGCGGUGAAACCGACGCGGUUGGAACGCGCGGCGGCGAGGGUGAAUCGCGAGCGGGACGCGGCGACAAAGGCGGUGCUGGCGUUCGCGCUCGGCGUGGUGAGCAUGAUGCCGACGAUGACGACGGAUGCGCCGACACCGCAACCGGUGGUGAGUGGAGUGAAGCGGACGAUGGUGGCGGGGACGGUUAAGAGCGCGACGAGCGACGCGACGCGAAGGGGGGAGACGGCGGCGGAGGCGCAAUUCACGCGCGACGUGGAACGCUUCGUGGGUAGGAUGAGCAUGUAGACGUGCGCGAAUUGAUUAGAAAGUGCUGGAACGCUCGCACGUCGCGACGUUUGUUGUAUUGAAAGAGCCAACAUUUUUUGUU